UUCUAUUACUGUUACUUUAUUUCAUUAACAAUUAUCUUGAGUUUCCUCCACAAGAAAAUCUUGCUUCUUUUUUAUACUGAGAUCUACUUCCACUUCAACUGGACUGUUUUCUUCUAAUAUUCAUCUUGCUUUGCCUCUGCUGAAGGACAAUGAAGGAGCAGUACCAGCCACCACCAACCGCAUGGAAUACAUGGAGUGAUCCCUUACAACUCCACACAGUCAUGAAUGAUAAUGGAUGUCUUGGAGAAGACUGGACAAUAGUUAGUUCACAAGACUCGGAGACAGUACAGCAAGAGGAUGAUUGUGUCAUGAACAUGGGAGAGAGAGUGGAGCAAAAUGAAAAGCAAGGAAUGGGCUUCACUAUGUUUUCUGAUGGAUUCAGCAGUACACCAUGGAAACAUCUGUUAUAUGAGGACAAAAAUCAUGGUGAAUUUAAAACUGAUACAAAGAUGUUAAAGACAAAUAUGCCAGGUACCAAAUUCUGUGGAUUUUGCCGACGUAAUGGAGCAACUUUAAAGAAAUUCUUAAACCAUCCCCUCAGGAACGAUGUUGGGAAACUUGUGUGCCCAGUGCUAAGAAGUUAUACCUGCCCUAAUUGUGGAGCCACAGGUGAUGCAGCACACACAGUAUCAUAUUGCCCCAGCAAGAGGCUGCCUCAUGAUUCUCAGCCCUUGGCUGUCAAACUGAAGAAUACGAUGCGAAAUGCUUCAUCCAUUCGUCGAUUUAAACACUAACACCGCAGCUAUCGUGUGAUUUUUGUUUGGUUUACUCUUAUAAAAAAUUCACUUUUGAAGUUAUUAGUAGUCUUUGAAAAAAGAUUGUAGAAUUAUGGCAAUGGCUAUUGUUCAUAGAAUAUGCUUACUAAAGCCUUUGGUGUGUAUUACACUGAUUUGAUUUGCUAUGUACUGGUUUCUUUUAUGCUUCUAAUCCAAAGAAAUUUCACAAGUUGA